AUUUAAUUGAUUAAAAAUCAAAAUUUUAAAAACAUUAUUUGAAAAAAAAAGAGAUAAAUUAUACAAUGUUUCAAGGAGCUGCUCUAUUAUUUUUUUUUUGGUCUGUGAGUCAAGCCUGUGAAAAGCCUUAUGGUUUAAGGGAUUUAAGUCCAGAAAAAGUCAUUUAUAGUGCAUCCAACUUGUUUCAAAGCUUAGAAUUGAAUGACACUAGAACUUGGUGCAGUAAUCAGGCGCUGUUUAGCACCAUAAAGAUUACACUUGCAAAACCUCAUCAUGUUACCAAAGCAGUGUUUUUGAUUUAUGGCAAAUUAAAUCGAGAUUUUGAAAUCAAAUUUUUUUUGAGAGAAGGAAACGAGUUAACACUAUUAAAAGGUCUUAAGCUGUUACUUUUAGCUGAUAAAUUAGAAUCGAUUCCCAUUGAUAUUUCAACAAACGUCAUUGUCCUUGAAUUGAAAACUACAAGUCAUCUUCCUAUAAAUUGUUUUUUGUUUGAUCUUUUUAUAUGUGAUGAAAAUACAGCGCCAGUGGUUCCUAAAAAAUGCUUAGAUCGUGGAUGUGAACAGGAUUGUGAUGAAGGGAUCAUAUGGACAUCAUGUAAAUGCAAUAAUGGUUAUGAGUUGCAUUCUGACAAAAAGCAUUGCAGAGAUAUCGAUGAAUGUGCUAGUAAAUACACAAACAAAUGUGAUACAAAGACUACACGAUGCCAUAAUACAAAAGGCAGUUUUUAUUGUUCAUGUCUAGAUAAUACUAUGGAGUUAGAUCACAAAUCACAAAACUUAAAAUGUAUAGAUAUUGAUGAAUGUAGUAAUGGGGAACACAACUGUGACAAGAAAACUACUACAUGCAAAAAUAUUGCUGGUAGUUAUGACUGUAGUUGUAAUAGUGGAUACGAAAGAUACAAUAAAACAGUAUGUACUGACAUAAACGAGUGUCUCACUGAUAAUGGACAAUGUCAAGAUAAAUGUGUUAAUACUGCUGGUUCUUAUUACUGCACCUGUCCAUCAGGUUUUAAACUUUCUAAAGACAAACAUACGUGUGAUGAUAUAAAUGAAUGCUUAACUAUUAAUGGAAGGUGUCAAGGAAAAUGUAUAAAUACUAUUGGUUCAUUUUUUUGCACCUGUGGACCAGGCUUUACACUUGCUGAUGACAAAAGAAAGUGCAAUGAUAUUGAUGAAUGUAGCAAUGGAGAACACAAAUGUAAUGCAGCAACCACUACUUGCAAAAAUAUUCCUGGUAGCUAUAAUUGUAAUUGUAACAGUGGGUAUAAAAGAUACAACAACAUUUCAUGUACUGAUAUAAAUGAAUGUGUAGAUUUUGCUGGGAUUUGUCAAAAAACUUGCACAAAUACUAUUGGUUCGUAUUACUGCUCCUGCCCAGCGGGCUUAAAACUUGCUCAGGAUAAAAAAAUGUGUGAUGAUAUUGCAGAGUGUAAUGAUAAACAGUUAAAUAACUGCGAACACUAUUGUCAUGAAACAUAUGGCAGUUACUAUUGUGAGUGCCAAAAAGGUUAUUAUCUGGAUAGUGAUAAAAAAUCAUGCAAAGAUGAAAAUGAAUGCAUUAAAAAUAAUGGAAAAGGAGAAUGUGAUCAAAUAUGUGAAAAUACUGUAGGAUCAUUUAAAUGUUCAUGUAAAAAAGGAUGGCAGUUAAUAGAUGGCAGUUCAACUUGUCAAGACUUUAAUGAGUGUCUGCACAUGAAUAAUCUAUGUAAUAAUAUCUCAUCAAUCUGUAUAAACACUCAAGGUUCUUACCAAUGUCAGUGCAAAAGUGGCUAUAUUAAAGAUGACAUUACUGGAGAUUGUGUUGGAAUCUUGUGCAGGCCCUAUCCUUUAUUGCAAAAUGGAAAUAUUUAUCCCAAAAUAUGUACUGAACCUAAUGCCAUGAGGUACACAGAUGAAUGCAAAUUUGAAUGCAACCCUGGUUAUGAACUUAACACAAAAUCAGCAUCUAAAGCAUAUUGCAGUGCUGACGGAACUUGGGUGUUCGACCAAGAUGGUUAUGAACCAAGAUGCGAAGGUGUUCGUUGCAAUAGCUUGUUAGCAGUCGCUAAUGGUGAUAUUGUUCCUUCUACAUGCCUAAUAAAUGGUGCAAGCUUUAAUGAAUCUUGCACUUUGUAUUGUAAAGGUGGCUAUGAUCUUAUUGGGCCUAAUAAAGCUGUUUGUCAAGAAGAUAGGAUGUUUUCACAUUUAUUACAUGAAUCAAAAUGUGUUGAACGAAAAAAACUUGUGUGCCCGCAUGAUGUAAAUUUAGUUCUUCCCCUUGGUAAAAGUGAAAUGGCUAUUCCCUUAGUUAUUUUUGAAGAUCUAAUGAAGUAUGAUGGCGUAGUCUCAAAUCCUCCAGGUGUUUUGAAUGGAACAUAUAUGUUUAAAUCUAGAAGAUUAUCAUACUUGAUCUCUUUGGUUGAUAAGCACAAAGAGUCGUGUAAUUUUUAUGUCACUGUUGAAGAUCGUGAACCACCAACUGUCACUAAUUGCCCAGUUGACAAAGUCUUUGUUUCUAUAAUUGGAGAGCAGGGUAUAGUCAAUUGGCCAGAACCUGUGUUUGUAGAUAAUGUUGGCGUUAAAAAAGUUAUCAAUAAUUUAAAAAAUAAUGCAUAUCUUGCACAGCAGGUUUACUUUGUGUUUUACGAAGCCGUUGAUGAUAAUGGCAACGAAGCAUCUUGCAGAUUUUUUGUCCAUGUUCGAGCUAAAUACUGCUCCAAAAAUUCAAUUCCUGGGGGUGAAGGAGCAAUUCAAAAUUGGUUUUCUUCCAGUUUGUCACAAGCAACAGUACUUCUGCAGUGUCCUGUUGGCUUUAUUUUUAGUGAUAUUGUUGCAACAACACCGAUUUUCUUUUGUAACCAAGGAGAAUGGAUGAAUCGUCAAGUGCCUGAUUGCGUCAAAAAGACUAAUCCUACCAAUGGAAGUUGUACUUUUGGAGAAAUUCAACUUAUAAAUCCAACUAACAAGCAGAUUAUGUGUGGGCUGUGUCCAAAAGGAACAGAAGGUGGGAAGGUUCCAGGGACGUGUCAAAAGUGCUUGAUCGGUUACUAUCAAGAUAUAGAAGGUUCUCUUGCAUGUAAAAAAUGUCCGGACGGUCAUUUAACCAGAACUGAUGGUCAGAAAUCUAUAAGUAAUUGUGAAGUGCAAUGUACUGCUGGACAAUAUUCUCUAACUGGCUUUAAUGGCACCGAUGAAUGUAAACGUUGCCCAAGUGGAUCUUAUCAAGAACUUUCCGGUCAAAUUGCAUGCAAGAUAUGUCAUCAAAGUGGGACAUCUGAGAACGGUUCAGUUACGGAAGAUCAGUGUAGAUUGCCGGCUCGUGUAUCGAAAAUUGUUCCUGACAGCGAGUUCAUUUUAGUAUCAGUUGGUGAUAACAUUACUGUCGACUGUUACGCUACCGGCAGUCCUGCUCCAUAUUUAAAGUUUGUGAAAGAAAAAUCUUUUCAAGAUACAGACAUGACUAAAAGUUUUAUGAAACUGGAAUCACUUGCUACCGGAAACCGAUAUAUCACUGGGCUAAGAGUUACAAUAAGUAAUGCAAAGGAAACUGAUAGUGGAACAUAUGUAUGUUUAGCUGAUAACAGGUUAACAAACACAGGAGCAAUUGAUAAAAGAAAUAUUUUUGUUGAAGUGUUAAAUAAUUGAUGUAGUUUUGAAUAAUUUUAAUAAUCAAUUCAGUUACCCGAUCAAACUUAAA